UUUUAAAAAGGCAUCGCCAUGGAUAAAACACUAUAAAUGCCAUCAGCGAGUCCAAUUGUCCAUGUCAAGGUCUCGUAUCCAGAAUUAUCAAGCAGAGCAAGAAGAAUGAUGACAAAGUCGACUAGAUUCUUAGUUGUCGUCGUCCUCUUCUUCGUCGGCGCUCCUCCUCGCUGCCUCGCCGGGGAUCCUGACCCGCUUCAAGAUAUUUGCGUCGCCGAUCCCAACGCUGGUGUGGAGGUCAAUGGGUUCGCGUGCAAGGCGGCGGCGGAUGUGACGGCGGCGGACUUCUUCUUCGCGGGGCUGGCGAAGCCGGGCGCCACCAACAACACCAUGGGGUCGCUGGUGACGGGCGCUAACGUGGAGAAGAUUCCCGGGCUCAACACGCUCGGGGUGUCCCUGUCGCGCAUCGAUUACGCGCCGGGAGGGCUCAACCCGCCGCACACCCACCCACGCGCCACCGAGAUCGUCUUCGUCCUCUACGGCGCUCUCGAUGUCGGAUUCAUCACCACCGCCAACAAGCUGGUGGCGAAGACCAUCAGCCAGGGUGAGGUGUUCGUCUUCCCGCGGGGGCUGGUCCACUUCCAGAAGAACAACGGGAAGAUGCCGGCCGCCGUCAUCGCCGGCUUCAACAGCCAGCUCCCUGGGACGCAGUCGAUCGCCGCCACGCUCUUCGCGGCCAACCCCACCGUGCCGGACGACGUGCUCGCGAAAGCCUUCCAGAUCGGGACCAAGGACGUGGAAAAGAUCAAGAGACGGCUCGCGCCCAAAAAAUAAAGUCAACGAGGUUGACUCGCUAUUUCAAUCAUUUAUCACAAAAUCGUUCUACAUAUUUACUCCAGUGACGUAUAGAAGUGUGAAACAAUAAUGGCGAGCUUGUAUGAAUAAUUUAAUUUCUUCCUCCUUCGUCCAAACUUUGUCGAUUGAAUAUAAUGUUUUUUAACUUUGCUGCA